UUGAAUUAUGUGUGAAAUGUGUGUGGCAGUGCAAUUACAAAUAUAGUUUGUCAUUCAACACGCGGUCUGAUCGUCACACAACGCCUAUAAUAACGCUGAGACAAAAGCAAAAGGUUUCGCGCCGAAAAGGGAAACGGCAAAAACACGAAAAGCAUCGCGGAAAAAAAACAAAAACUCAUGUUAAAUGGGCAAAACAAAUGUGAAUAUGUUCUGAAAUGCAAGCGCAUUGUUAGUCUGUGCGUGGAUAUUGUGUGUGUGUGCGCCCAGCGGUUGCAUUUCCAACAAUUAGAACCUCCCCCCCUCCAUCCAGCCAUCAUCCUCAGCAGUUCUCCUCGCAUCGUGACACACAAACGCACACACAAUGGCCCCAGCGAAAAAACGCGAGAAAGACAAUGCAGAUGGCGCUGGCGCUGCGGCAAAUGGCAUUAACGGAUCGAACGGUCAUGGAAAUGGAGCAGAUGGAACAAAUGCUACGUUGGCAGCACCAACGCCGACGACGGCGACAGCCACGGGAACGGGAACGCCAGCGGCAGACGUCGGCCACGGGAAGCUCAAUGGACAUCAACAAGAGCAGGAACUCUUUUUGCAAGCAUUUGAAAAACCCACGCAAAUCUAUCGGUAUCUACGCAACCGCCAUGAGACAAACCCCAUCUUUCUGAAUCGAACGCUCUGCUACAUGAAGGAGCGAAUGUCGCGGAACAACAAGAAGCGUUCCACCUUCCAGAUCAACUCCAUGCUGGAGAGCAUUAUACAAAAAUCGGAGGCCGUAACACAAAACUACCUGCACGUCAUUUACGAUUCGCUGCACGAGAACAUCAAGUCAACGGACAGCGAUGAGCUGCUGCAGGAGCAGUUGCUCUGCGAGGCCGGUGAGUCGGUCUGUGUGGUGACGACGCUCUACAAGAUUACGCGCAGCAAGCGCAAGGACAGCACACAGGACUUUCAGGAGCUGCUCAGCAAGAGUUCGCAGAUUGUGUACAAUCCAAAGGAUCGCGUGGGUGAGCAUGCAACCAUCAGCAUACCGCUGCAAGCGAUGCGACCGAUGGGUGAGCAGCAUACGCUGUACAAGCUGCUCUUUAGGAUCAAGGUACUGUCGCCCGUCAGCACGUGCAACGACGAGAAUGCAGAAACACCCACGAACAAGCGAUCGCGUCCGAAUGAGAAGAUGUACGGCUCUGAGCUGAUGUUGUAUGAAAAGUCGAGUGGCUUCAUCACCGAGGGCGAAUACGAGGCCAUGCUCCAGCCGCUGAACUCAUCGAGCAUCAAGUCCUUCUCACCAAAGAAAUGCACCUGGGAGACAAUGCCCGACAGCUACAUUCCACUCUCGCUCACCUACGAUGUCUACCAGCAGAGCCCCAUGCUGAAAUUCCACUUGACGCUGUCCAACGAGCAGCUGCCAGAGACAAUAACCGCCACGGAGCUGCAGCGUUAUGUCCAUCAUCUGGAUGCUGUGGCAGAUGCCGUGAAUCACAAUAAUAAUCAUUUCAAUAACAACAACAACAGCUGCAGUGGCAACAGCCACAAGAAUGGCAUGUGCAAGACAACCUCCCCGGAGCACAUCCAAAUCGUUUACAAUUUUAUGUACAGCAAUAACACCCGCCAGCAGACGGAGUAUACGCAGGAGCUGAACUGUCCCUGGUGCGGCCUGGACUGUCUGCGGCUGUACGCGCUGCUGAAGCAUCUGAAGUUGUGCCAUGCGCGGUUCAACUUCACCUACCAGCCGGCUGGCAGUGGUGCGCGCAUCGAUGUCACCAUUAAUGAUGCGUACGAUGGAUCGUACGCGGGUUCACCCUACGAUCUGGCCGGGCCAUCGGGCUCCUCGUUUGCCCGCACCUGUGGCCCCGUGCGACGCACUUCUGUGACCAGUCUCAUGGUGUGCCGGCCCAGGCGGCAGAAGUCCAGUCUGGAUGAGUUCCUGGAGCUGGAUGAGGAUGACAUAAGCAACCAGCGUUCGUACAUCACAGGCCACAACAGGCUUUACCAUCAUACGGAGACGUGUCUGCCCGUGCAUCCCAAGGAGCUGGACAUUGACUCGGAGGGUGAGAGUGAUCCGCUGUGGCUGCGCCAGAAGACCAUCCAAAUGAUUGACGAGUUCUCCGACGUCAACGAGGGGGAGAAGGAGCUGAUGAAGAUAUGGAAUUUGCAUGUGAUGCGUCACGGAUUCGUUGGCAACUGCCAGCUGCCGUUGGCCUGCGAAAUGUUCCUCGACGCCAAGGGCCAUGAGAUUGUGCGCAAGAAUCUCUAUCGCAACUUCAUCCUGCACAUGUGCUCCCUCUUCGACUAUGGCCUCAUCUCGAACGAGCACGUGUACAAGACGGUGCAGAAGCUGCAGGGUUUGCUGAGCAAAUAUACGGCCGGGCAGGAGCUAAUGCAGCGCCAUCGCCAGUCCCAGAUGAAGUACUGGACGGAUGUGGGCAUGCACAAGAAGCAGGAUGACCACAAGGAUCACAAGUCGCCGCAGAAGAUGUCCUCCAGUGGCACGGACAGCCCAACUACCUCCUCAAACAGUGCAGCGGGUGCUGCCAGCAGCAGCAGCUCGAAUGCGGCCAUGCAACCGCCCAAGCGCAUGCCGGCACAUAUGAAGCGUGCCAGUGCGGCGGCUGCUGCGGCCGCUGCAGCAGACAAUGGCUCAGCCGCUGGCAAUCACAACAACAACAGCAAGAAUGUGGCCAAAAAGAGUGCCGAUCAGCCGCUGGCCACAUUGGCCAACACACGAGAGCGACGCUCCGAUCCCAGUCUGAAACGCAGCGGCACACGGCUGAGUGCUGGAGCCGCUAGUGCUGCCACAACGAAGCGCAAACUGACACCCAAAGAUAAUACAGCGCAGAGCAAGCGUCAGCGGUACAGCGAAGGUAGCAGCAGCGUGGGAGGAUCAGCAGGAGCAGGAACUGAGUCUGGAGCGAGUCGCAACAAAAGCAAUAAUAACAGUAACAACCAAACACUGCCAGCAACAAACAGCAACAACAGCAAGAAACGCUUAAUUGCGCGCUCACGCUCGACCACAGAGCGUGCCGCCAGCAAGUCAUCAUCAUCCACCGGAGGAGCAGCAGCAGCAUCACCAUCAGGUGGAGGAGGAGCAGGAGCAGGAGCGGGUGUGCGUACCAGGCUGUCAGUGCCGCUGGCCAAGUACGAGCGGCGCUGACGCAAGCAAAGGCGUUGCUGCUGCUGCUGCUCCUCCAACCCAUCAACAGAACCAAACUGACUGCAAACGCAAUGCGUCGUGUUGCUCCAACUGCUCAGCAUAUAUAUAGACUAAAUAUAUAUGUAGUAUAUAUCUAUUGUUUUCAACAGGAUAAACAUUGUUCUGCUCUCCAAAAUGUCUCUUAUAUCAUUAUUGCUACAAUUCUUUAUGUUGUGUUUAAUUGUGAAAUCAAAUCAAUCAAUGAAUCAAUCAAUCAAUGCCUUAUGUUGUAUCAUUUUUGUAAAGCCUUUGACCCUCGAACCUAAGCUUAAAGUUGUAACUCCCAUCUGAAAUUUGGCAGCAAUUUUUGAGUUGAUUUGAGUUGAGUCUUGGCUGCAUAUCAAUAUCCAUUUCGCAUACAUUAUUUGAAAGCAAAAGAUUACACUGAUAAUUGUGCUUAAAUCAUAAUUUAUUAUUGUCUUUUGUGGCAAUUACUUAAAACACACAGGGCUGAGGGCAACCCAUUCAAAUAAUUAAUUAAAUAAUCAUCAAUUUAGAUCUAAGUGAAAUGCUGCUGCUGCCGCUGUGUGAAAUUUGUAAAUCAGCUUCUAAUUGUAUGAAAAAGGACAAAGAAAUUUAUCAAUUGUAAUUAGCAAAGAGUAUAUGCAACAAAUAUAUAUUUACGGCAA